AUGUGUAGGGUUUACAGGGCGCUCAACAAAAUUACAGUGCCAGACAGGUACCCAAUACCGAUGGCUGAAGAAAUCUUCGACAAAGUGGCAGAUUGGGUGUUCUUCACGACGCUGGACUUAUGGCAGCGUUUCAAUCAAAUAAAAAUCAGAGAAGAGGGUGUGAGGAAGACGGCCUUUCACGGACCGGAUGGGCUGUACGAAUGGCUGUACAUGCCGUUCGGCCUGUGGAACGCCUCAGCAGUGUUCCAGAGGGUCAUGGAUGCGGUGCUGCGGGGAGUGGAGCUUGCGGAGUGCUAUAUUGAUGACGUGGUCAUCUUCAGCACCACAGAGCAGCAGCACUUGGAAGACGUGGAGAGGACACUGAGUGCAAUAGGGCUCACCUGUCAUCUGAACAAAUGCAGAUGUGGGGAAAAGACAGUGCAGUACCUGGGGUAUGAAGUGCAAGGGGGGCAAAUCGGGAUUCCGCAGGCGAAGGCGCAGGUGCUGGACAGGAUGAGGGAACCAAAGGACAAGUCCGGGCUGCGGGCAGUGCUGGGCUUCCUAAGCUACUACCGACGCUUCGUGCCUAAUUUCAGCAAGAGGGCGACGGUGUUGAACGGGAUGAUGAGGGAAGACCAGGCAUGGGAGUGGGGAGAGCUGCAUAGGCAGGCGUUGCAAGACCUUAUGACAACAGUGAAGCCGACAACAGUAUAG